AUGAGAACAUCGAUCACUACUCUCGCUCUCACAUUGGGGGCCCUUGCCAGCGCGCACCCCGCCCACAAAGAUAACUCGACCUUCCGCCUCGUGUACGACGACUUCUCCUCCGGCUUCGAUGUCGGUCUACCCGGCUCCUCUAGCAAGUGGGUAUACUACGCCGACACUACGGGCCAGUUCGUGGGCAACGACGGCAUCGAGACCGUCGGCCCCGAGGGUCUGACGGUGGUCUCGAAAGGCGUGAACAACGUCACCGGCAAGCCAGCCUUCACGCACACGGCGCCGCCCGACCGGCCUGACUCGGACAACCUCGAGCACGUCAAGUACAUGGCGUUCCCGAACGUGCAGUCCUCGCACGGCUAUCCGGGCUGGGAUGUUGCGAAAGGCCACAUCUUCUCGUGCGAGGGCCACUUUGGCGCAGAGAUGUACGGCAUCGACGACGGCCCGUUCCAGGAGUACGUGCCCUGGAACAACUAUGCAGCAUUCGGGAGCGGGUCCUUCGUCUUUGGCGACUUUGAGGCGGGGUGGAUCUUUCACCUCGUCCUCAGCAAUGACCGGUACUACGCGGCUUAUGAGCGCCUCGCCUUCUCCCCCGACCACGAGUAUGCCAGCUUCACGUACCUCAUCCCGAUCGCGAAGCGGGAGGCGUGCAACAUCGCCAGGCUCCGCGUCGAGUACGACCGUGACGCGCAGGAGGUCGCGUGGUUCAUUGACGGAAGGGAGAAGCUCAGGCUGGGCGGGCUGGGGUGGUACAAGGACGAGUUUAAGGACUGGCUCGCCAUGGACCGCGGAGGAAAGGAAGAGGACAAGGGCGACUUGAACCAGCUGCAGUGCGGGUUCGCGCUCAUCUCCACCCUGGAUGCGUUCCUGCACAAGGGCAAGGGGAAAGGCAAGGCGUUCGUGCGCAUGAACCAGACGCCGGGUUACUGCCGCGACCCGCGCACGCAUGGGCCAGACAUUGAGUUCAUCGACCAGAUCAGCACGCCCCAAAACCAGAUAUGGGGACAGGGCGGCAAGAUGACGCUGAGGGAGCUCAUCGUGGAGAGUAGGCCAAAGAGGAGGCAUCACUAG